AUGGGUGGUCUGAAGCUGGGUUCGUGCGUCGUGGAUCCCGUGGAGGAAGGAGGAACGGGGGAGGCUCGCCUGGGAACUAGAGAAGUGAUGAUUGGAGGAUUUGUUUUGUUCCGCUGGUUCGGCCAGAUGAGAGAUGUGCAGCAGUUCCCAAACAAGCAGGCGUUUGACAGCUGCGAUUUCUCCAGAGCAGACCCGGCCGGCGGGGCUGACGUCAUCACGGUGGUGUCGGCGGGGGAAGGGGCGGAGGAGGAGGACGAGUCUUUGCAACGACUGAGAGCGCUGCGGCAGGUGGUGGGGGGAGGUGGGGGAGUGAGCGUUCCGCUGCUGCAGCAGCUCACCCCUUUGCUCCUUCAAGCAGUCCACACCGAGGUGACUUUUGAGUCGACUCAAAAGUCUAUCCCCCUUUCCCCCUCUCACCACCCCUUGUUGGUGCAGAGCGUUCCGCUGCUGCAGCAGCUCACCCCUUUUCUCCUCCAGGCAGCCCACACCAACACCCACCUCCCUGCCGCUGCCGCCACUGCUGCCGCUGCUGCUGCUAAUACCACUGGUGGUGCUGCCUCCGCUGCAAACUCCACAUCCCCUGCUUCCACUGCUACAGCCGCUACAGCUGCUACAGCUUCUGGGAGAGCUGCUGCUGGUGAUGCUGAGGCACGUGCUGUUGCCGCCACCACUACCACUGCCAGCAGGCAUGGUAUGCAGGAGGGACCACUUGGUGCAGCCACAGCCGCCAGUGGAGAAGAGCAGAUGGCAGCACAUGUGCAGAGAAUAGUGCGUGAUUUGAAAGAUCAAAGCGCCGCGUCAGCAGCUGUGCUGGCAGGGUACGAGCAGUGGCAUGCUGACGUGGCAGGGAGGGUGUGUGGUAACCAGCAGGAGCUGAUGAGUCGCAUGGAGGCGGUGGAAGCACUGGCAGGGAAGGUGUACAAGCGCAUGAACUGGACCAGCAGCGUUGUGAAGAGCAACCUGCAGCACUUGAGGGCAGGCAAGUACUUUGUCUUCCUAAGGAUGGAGAUGGAGCAUCUGCGGAAUCAGCUAAGUGCCGUGACACGCAGCUAUGAGGGGCUCUGUGAGGAGCUGGAAGUGGCAGGGCUGGAGUUUGACUGUGAGAUGGAGGAGAUUCGCAGGAUUGAUGGGGAUGUGGCUGCUGAAGGCGGUGUUGAAGGUGUCGCUCACACCAUGGCGUCUGCACGGACGGCUGGGAUGACCCCUCUGCUUCUGCUGCUUCUCGCAGCAACCUUCACUGGUGUUGCGUACACCCAGCCGCUGCCAGUGAUGGUCGGGUUCCUGCAGGGCAACCCAGUGAGCCACUGGAGUGGGGGAGUGAACCUGUGGAAGCCGCCUGCUGUGAAGCCAGGGGACAUUCUUGUCUUCCAGUGGUUCGCAGAGACGCACGACGUGCAGCGCUUCAAGAAUAUAUUUGCCUUCAAAACCUGCGCCUUCUUCAAUGCCGUGCCGCUCACAUCUGCCUCGCAGUUCGGCAUGCGUCUCUUUCAAGUUAAGCCCGCCCAUGCCGGCAAAACACUCUUCUUUGGCAGCAGUGUGGGUAAGGACUGCCAGCGAGGCGUCAAGAUCGCCAUUCCUGUCAGCUAG